AUGGCGGCGGCGGCGGGGAAUCGCGCCUCGUCGUCGGGAUUCCCGGGCGCCGGGGCGGCGAGCCCCGAGGCGGGCGGCGGCGGAGGGGCUCUCAAGGCGAGCAGCGCGCCCGCGGCAGCCGCGGGACUGCUGCGGGAGGCGGGCAGUGGGGGCCGCGAGCGGGCUGACUGGCGGCGGCGGCAGCUGCGCAAAGUGCGGAGUGUGGAGCUGGACCAGCUACCGGAGCCGCCGCUCUUCCUCGCCGCCUCGCCGUCGUCCUCUUCCACUUCCCCGUCGCCGGAGCCCUCGGACCCGGCGGCGGGCGGGAGCGGUUUCCAGCCUGUGGCGGUGCCGCAGCCUCACGGAGUCGCGAACCGUGGCGGCACCCACCCUCUGGAGCCCGCGGCCGCCCAGGACAGCGGCGCCCCGAGCCCCGCCGGGGCCGAGCCCGGGGAGAAGCGGACGCCCGCCGCCGAGCCGCCUCCUGCAGCGGCCCCCGCCGGUCGUGAGAUGGAGAGUAAAGAAACUCUCAAGGGCUUGCACAAGAUGGACGAUCGCCCAGAAGAACGAAUGAUCAGGGAGAAACUGAAGGCAACCUGUAUGCCAGCCUGGAAGCAUGAGUGGCUGGAAAGGAGAAACAGGAGAGGCCCUGUGGUGGUAAAACCAAUCCCUAUUAAAGGAGAUGGUUCUGAAAUUCAUAACUUGGCAACUGAGUCACAAGGAGAGGGCCAGGCGAGCACCACGUCACCCGCUCCCAAAGGCCGACGUAGUCCUUCUCCUGGCAGCUCCCCAUCGGGUCGCUCAGUGAAGUCGGAAUCUCCAGGAGUUCGGAGAAAAAGAGUUUCCCCAGUGCCUUUUCAGAGUGGGCGAAUCACACCACCUCGAAGAGCCCCUUCACCAGAUGGCUUCUCACCAUAUAGCCCUGAGGAGACAAACCGCCGUGUAAACAAAGUUAUGCGGGCCAGGCUGUACUUACUGCAACAAAUAGGACCCAACUCUUUCCUGAUUGGAGGAGACAGCCCAGACAACAAAUACCGGGUGUUUAUCGGGCCUCAGAACUGCAGCUGUGGCCGUGGAACUUUUUGUAUUCAUCUGUUGUUUGUUAUGCUCCGGGUGUUUCAACUAGAACCUUCAGACCCAAUGUUAUGGAGAAAAACUUUAAAGAAUUUUGAGGUUGAAAGUUUGUUCCAGAAAUAUCACAGUAGGCGUAGCUCAAGGAUCAAAGCUCCAUCUCGUAACACCAUCCAGAAGUUUGUUUCACGCAUGUCAAAUUCUCAUACAUUGUCAUCAUCUAGUACUUCUACAUCUAGUUCAGAAAACAGUAUAAAAGAUGAGGAGGAACAGAUGUGUCCUAUUUGCUUGUUGGGCAUGCUUGAUGAAGAGAGUCUUACCGUGUGUGAAGAUGGCUGCAGGAACAAGCUGCAUCAUCACUGCAUGUCAAUCUGGGCAGAAGAAUGUAGAAGAAAUAGAGAACCUUUAAUAUGUCCCCUUUGUAGAUCUAAGUGGAGAUCUCAUGAUUUCUACAGCCAUGAGUUGUCAAGCCCUGUGGAUUCCCCUUCUUCCCUGCGAGCUGCACAGCAAACCAUACAUCAGCAACCUUUGGCUGGAUCCCAACGGAGGAAUCAGGAGAGUAAUUUUAACCUUACGCAUUAUGGAACUCAGCAGAUUCCCCCUGCUUACAAAGAUUUAGCUGAGCCAUGGAUUCAGGUAUUUGGAAUGGAACUCGUUGGCUGCUUAUUUUCUAGAAACUGGAAUGUAAGAGAGAUGGCUCUCAGGCGUCUUUCCCACGAUGUUAGUGGGGCUCUGCUAUUGGCAAAUGGGGAGAGCACUGGAAAUUCUGGGAGCAACGGUAGAAGCAGCCCAAGUGCUGGAGCCAGCGGGUCUUCCCAGACCAGUAUCUCAGGAGAUGUGGUAGAGGCAUGCUGCAACGUUUUGUCAAUGGUCUGUGCUGACCCUGUCUACAAAGUGUACGUUGCUGCUUUAAAAACGUUGAGAGCCAUGCUAGUAUAUACUCCUUGCCAUAGUUUGGCAGAAAGAAUCAAACUGCAGAGACUUCUCCGGCCAGUUGUAGACACCAUCCUAGUCAAGUGUGCAGAUGCCAAUAGUCGUACAAGUCAGCUGUCUAUAUCAACACUGUUGGAAUUAUGCAAAGGCCAAGCAGGAGAGUUGGCAGUUGGCAGAGAAAUACUUAAAGCUGGAUCCAUUGGUAUUGGUGGUGUUGAUUAUGUCUUAAGUUGUAUUCUUGGAAACCAAACUGAAUCAAACAACUGGCAAGAACUUCUGGGCCGCCUUUGUCUUAUAGACAGACUGCUCUUGGAAUUUCCUGCUGAAUUUUACCCUCAUAUUGUCAGUACUGAUGUUUCACAAGCUGAGCCUGUUGAUGUCAGGUAUAAAAAGCUGCUGUCCCUCUUAACCUUUGCUUUGCAGUCCAUUGAUAAUUCCCACUCAAUGGUUGGUAAACUCUCCCGAAGGAUAUAUCUGAGUUCCGCAAGAAUGGUUACUACAGUCCCCCACAUAUUUUCAAAACUAUUAGAAAUGCUGAAUGUUUCCAGUUCCACUCAUUUUACCAGGAUGCGUCGUCGUUUGAUGGCUAUUGCAGAUGAGGUGGAAAUUGCUGAGGCCAUCCAGCUAGGCGUAGGAGACACUUUGGAGGGUCGACAUGACAGCUUUUUACAGGCGGCUGUCCCAACCAGUUACCCAGAAACCACAGAGAACAGCUCCCUUGAGCGCACAGACCAUUUAGAGAAAACUGGAAAAGGACUAUGUGCUACAAAACUGAGUGCCACUUCAGAGGACAUUACUCACAGACUGGGCAGCAUUUCAGUAGGACUUCUCAGUUCUACAACAAUGGAGCAACCAAAGCCAAUGGUUCAAACAAAAGGCAGACCCCACAGUCAGUGUUUGAACACCUCUCCUUUAUCUCAUCAUUCCCCAUUAAUGUUUCCACCCUUGUCAACUCCUCCUUCAUCUGCCCCCUCUGCACCAACUGGCACUGGAACGGAUAUCUCUAAGCAUAGACCUCAGGGGUUCAUUCCCUGCAAAAUACCUUCCGCAUCUCCUCAAACACAGCGCAAAUUUUCUCUACAGUUCCAGAGAAACUGUUCGGAAAACAGAGACUCAGAUAAAUCUUCCCCCAUCUUUACUCAGUCCAGACCCCUGCCCUCUAGUAACAUACACAGGCCAAAGCCAUCUCGACCUUCCCCAGGUAAUACAAGUAAACAGGGAGAGGCCUCAAAGAAUAGCAUGACACUUGAUUUGAACAGUACUGCCAAAUGUGAUGACAGCUUUGGCAGCAGCAAUAGCAAUAAUGCUGUCAUACCCAGUGAUGAGACAGUGUUCACCCCAGUAGAAGAGAAAUGCAGAUUAGAUGUCAAUACAGAGCUCAACUCCAGUAUUGAGGACCUUCUUGAAGCAUCUAUGCCUUCAAGUGAUACAACAGUAACUUUUAAGUCAGAAGUUGCUGUGCUCUCCCCUGAAAAGGAUGAAAAUGAUGAUACCUACAAAGAUGACGUGAAUCAUAAUCAGAAAUGCAAAGAAAAGAUGGAAGCUGAAGAAGAAGAAGCUUUAGCAAUUGCCAUGGCAAUGUCAGCGUCUCAGGAUGCCCUCCCCAUAGUUCCUCAACUACAAGUUGAAAAUGGAGAAGAUAUCAUCAUUAUUCAACAGGAUACACCAGAAACUCUCCCAGGACAUACCAAAGCAAAACAGCCUUACAGAGAAGACACUGAAUGGCUGAAAGGUCAGCAGAUAGGCCUUGGAGCAUUUUCUUCCUGUUACCAGGCUCAAGAUGUGGGAACUGGAACAUUAAUGGCUGUUAAACAGGUGACAUAUGUCAGAAAUACAUCUUCUGAGCAAGAGGAAGUAGUGGAAGCAUUAAGAGAAGAGAUCAGAAUGAUGAGCCAUUUGAAUCAUCCCAACAUCAUUAGAAUGUUGGGAGCCACGUGUGAGAAAAGCAAUUAUAAUCUCUUCAUCGAAUGGAUGGCAGGGGGAUCUGUGGCUCAUUUGCUCAGUAAAUACGGAGCCUUCAAGGAAUCAGUAGUUAUUAACUAUACUGAACAGUUACUUCGUGGCCUUUCAUAUCUCCAUGAAAACCAGAUCAUUCAUAGAGAUGUCAAAGGUGCCAAUUUGCUAAUUGACAGCACAGGUCAGAGACUGAGAAUUGCAGAUUUCGGAGCUGCAGCCAGGUUGGCAUCAAAAGGAACUGGUGCAGGAGAGUUUCAGGGACAGUUAUUGGGGACAAUUGCAUUUAUGGCACCUGAGGUACUAAGAGGUCAGCAGUAUGGUAGGAGCUGUGACGUAUGGAGUGUUGGCUGUGCCAUUAUAGAAAUGGCUUGUGCUAAACCACCUUGGAAUGCAGAAAAACACUCCAAUCAUCUUGCUUUGAUAUUUAAGAUUGCAAGUGCAACUACUGCUCCAUCGAUCCCUUCACAUUUGUCUCCUGGUUUACGAGAUGUGGCUCUUCGGUGUUUAGAACUUCAACCUCAGGACAGACCUCCGUCAAGAGAGCUACUGAAGCAUCCAGUCUUCCGUACUACUUGGUAGCCAAUUACAGACUCUGAUGGAGACAGGAUGCUCAACAAGGCAAAACUAUUGUGGGGAACCACGCUGAUAAUCUGCUGGCCUUCAUGCCACUGAACAGCUAUGAACAGGACCAGUGGGGAACCCUUACCUAAGUAUGUGAUUGACAAAUCAUGAUCUGUACCUAAGCUUAGUAUGCAAAAGCCCACAAUUUGUGCAGAAACUGUAAACCGUGCCUUUCAAAGAACUGGCCAUAGGUAAACAGGAAAGCAGUGAAGUUUGCAUGACUAACAGAAGCGUAUUUUGGGUUUUUUUUGGAGCACUUUUUCAGCAAUAUUAGCAGCUGAGGGGCUCAGGAUCUAUUUUAAUGUUUGAAUUAUUCUUCCAUUUCAUAUCGUGAUCACAAGCAGGGGGUUCUGCAAUUCCGUUCAGUUUUUUUUUUGUCACUGGCUCCCAAUCAGUAUCUGCCUCUUUUAGGUCAGAAUAUGCUAUAAGUAGCAGUAAAUAUAUUUUUAAAAGUUGAUAACUUCUUUAUGAACCACAGUUGACCUUUAUUUUUUAAAUGCCUGGGCAGUUGUGGUUCACUGUGCAUUUUACUGUUGGCCCAUUCAUUUCGUUUUUGGAAAUCAUGGUUCUGUAUUUUCAUUUCACCUUCACUUUUGUUUAAUAUUCAGGGAAAGGUGAUUUUUUCAAACCAGAAAAAAAAAAAAAA